ACGUCUAUCCAUCGUAUUUUCAAAAUUUCUGGUGGCUGGUAUAAUGCCACAAACAUCGUGGAGGUAGAGUCUUGCCGACGCUAAUCGCACAUGCCAAGUGACAAGUGAGGCGCCGAUUGAUGCGGAAUUGCGCAAACUGAUAAUCUGCUCCAAUCUACCAUCGCGGCGUUCGCGGCUUAAGGCAAAAGGCAACCCGAAUAGAUUACCCGUCUCGAAAAUGAAUCAUGGCCAACUUCCAGGAUCAAUUACUUUUCGAGACUAAUCUCUAUCGAUUUAGAGUAUCGAACUACGGCUGCAUGAUUGAUAUCCUAGCUAACGAUGGGACCGAAUUCAAUACGUACUCCAAGUCGAAUCCAAUACAUCAUCGCUUCAUGACGUUCGAUUAUUACUCAUGAAACGUGGUAGUUAAUUGUAUAUGCUUGUGAAAUAAUCUGUACACGAAGAAAGAAAAAAAAAAAGAAACAGAGGGUAGAUUUCAAGAUAUUUCAAAUUAUCACUUCGUGUUACUCAAGUACAGUCAAACCUGUUUUGUGCGGUUUUGUUUUAUGCGAUUUGUUAUGUGCGAAAGUUCCUUUUGUGCGGUAUAUGAAAAUAAUAUGACACUGUACAUUUAAAUUUAACGAACGCGAGCAUAUAAUUGCAAUGGAUUAUUCAUAAAGAAAGGAGAACGAAGCGACGAUCGCGUAUUGCAGGAACGUGUCGUUUAUUGCAUUGCGGGCGGUGUGUGGCUUGGCAUCAGUUACAUACUUCCCGACCUGUGAAGUGCGUGCAUACGCAUCUUUCGAUCAUUAAGAUAGGUUUAAUUUUUAAGUGAGAUUAAAGGUAAAUUAAUUAUUCUUCCUAUUUAUAUAUAGUUUCUUUAUGAUUUUUAUUUUACUUUUAGACAGAAGCACUCCCUUAAAAUGAAUAUUCACAAAUGAGACUUUUCUUAUGGCGUCCCUCUCCACCGCAUAACAAAAUAUUCUCUUCGAUACUGUAUGAAAAAUUAUUUGUUAUAGCUGUUUAUGAAGUUUCUAAAUAUUUUUUUUUGCGUUUUUUUUUAUGCGAUCCCCAUCUAUCGCUCAAAAACUGGUUCGACUGUAUUCACGUAGAGAUCGAAGUUCUCGAGCCAAAUUCGAACCUACUUCCAAGGUAUUUGACCCCAUCCCUGAUCAUAGUCUAUAUUCCACUAGACCGCGUCGCCGGUACGCCCGCGUUGACAGAUUCCGCGCGUUAUUCUCGGACGCGUGCGAAUUCGUAAAGAAGGAGCAAAAGGGAGGAACAGUGCGCGGGCAAAAGGAGCGAAAUUGAACGCUAAUCCAGCGGCUCGACUCUAGGAGCGCAAGACGGAACGUCGGAACGGCAGAACAGCAGAACGGAAGGAAGGCACGCGUGGUAGUCGCAAGAGAACGGAAGGGUAGGACGGGUUGGGAAGCAGUGGUGUGCAGGGGGCGGUGGGUUCCAUGGUCGGCGGGUUGGCGGUGAGCUCUCAGUCUGUCCUGCGCCGUCGAAACGAAGGAAGCGUCGUUCGGCGUCGAGCGCGACGUCGAGCGCGACGAGCCGACGGGACGACGAGCCCGUACCCCUUAGUCCGCGUUCGCUCGCCGUCUCGAGCGUCACAUUUUCGAGCUUCUGAUUACGGGAUCGCGCGCCCUCGCCUCUCAGCCUCGUUCACUCGACCGUCGAGGAGUUUCGACCGAGGACAAGCAUCGCUUCGAGUUCGUUUACUCCAUUCUCACCAAUUAAUUCUCCUUCGAAAACGUUCGUGUUCCUCGUCUCUCGCCCGUCGCAUCUCGUGGCUCGUGUCGUUCAACGCAAGGAAGGAGGCUGGAUCCUGAGAAGCAACCAACCCGAAACUUUCUCGCCAAGGAUUUAUCCGAGAACUAGGCGGCGCAUACCGAUCGAGGUAAAAUGAAAUUUAUGCGACAGAGGGUUAAGAAAAUCGCUGGAGGUACACGAGGGAGGUUAACUGGAUGUCGGAGACCUGUAGAGGGCAGGUAGGGGAGCGGUGGAAGAAUGACGAAAAGACGAAGGGAAUCGUGGAAGAAUCGUGGUGCCGUUUAUUCAGGGGUUGUGGAAUUUUACUUGGAAAGGGGAAAUGCAAAUGCGGGACAUCGACUGGGUGGUCGCGUGACUUCCACUCAGGGUUUCGGAAAAUCGAUCGCGAGCUACGUUGGAACGAUCGGGACUCUUCGCUUCCGCCGAGGCUCGACGGGAUUUUAACGUCGCGUCGUCGGGGAACCGAGCGCGGUACAUGCCAGCGACAGCGAACUUUCUACCAAAGUGAUUAUCGAAGGAAUAAAGUGCCAAAGAACUCUGGAAAAUUAACUAAAGUGUGCGAGGAACCUGCAGAGGGAAGAAACCUGUGAGACACGAAACGCAAGGGGAGGAACGCGAGCGAGAGCAGGGAAGGAUGAGAAACGGCGCCCCGUCGAAGAAGAGACGAUCGUGGUAGAGGGCAGAGGCGUGGAUCGAGGUGGAUCCGGGUCGAUCGGUGUGAUGGUCUCGGGGUGGUGUCCGUGCGUGCCCCUCGGCCGCCGGGAAUCAUCGGCCCAGCAGCAAACCGCCUCCUCUUCGAGGAGCAUCGGGAACGACGGUGCACCGUUCACCGUCAGCGCCGCGACCGAUCACGCAGAAAUGGUCCAGAUGUUCUACUACGAGAACCGCGGCAAAUGCUGCAAGAAGCUUCUUCGAUAUAACGGAUAUCCGAACAAGGUGCUUCUGUUUCCGGAGGAGGGCUGGGCAAGAAGCGCGAGUAGUUCCUACUGGACCUUGACGCCGUUCUGGUGGAGUCGAAGUCGGUGCAAGGUCGUCGAAGUGGCUGGGACCAGGAGGUACAGCACUCAGGCAAAAAUGGUAGACACGGGAACGGGGACGCUCUACAUUAUUGGCUCUUUCAAGAGAAUGACGAUCGAUCCCGAUUUCAAGUUGUACCUGACGUCGAACGUUUCGUCGAGCGACUUCAAUAUGGGUUACAGUAUGACGGGUACGCUGGAGCGUGGCUGCAAGAAGACCAACUCCUUCCAGAUGACACACUUCGCGGUGAUCCGUCGACGGGACUACGAGAAGGCCUACGAGGAUCCGAACACCACCUAGUGUCCGUCUCCACCCACGCUCUCCGAGUGUGGGGACUGCGAACACUAUACGUAAGAUCGGAAAGGGCGCGGUUUCUACGAUCCUUUCCUCCGAGAUGGGCCGCAAUUUCUCGACGAAUCUCUUUCACGUCCGAAGAACGACGCUCGCGAGCACCGCGUCGCCGGAAUCCGCGUCUCCCGACGCUUCUCUCCUCCUCGGACAUUCCGGCCUGAACGCUUUCGCGGAAGAACGCGGAGAACCGAUAUACAGUCGACAGCGUCGCGCGUCAAAAAUUUAAUAGAGCACACGAGCAGCCAAAGUAAGCGAACAAAAAAGCAAAAUGCCAAACGUCCAAAGGUAGUGUUUAACUUAGCUCGAAUUAAGUAGGUUUUAACUAGCGACGAACGAUACCUAAGUCGAGUAUACAAAGCAACGGUGAUCGAGAAAAACCAAAGCAUUUUCCAAAGUAUUAGUACGUAAGGUCGUAAAUCUCGCAGGCGAUAUGUAUGCAACGGCAUCCUGUGGUUUCCUAUGCGUCCUCCUCCUAUGGUGUGCGCUGCUUCUGGUCUACCGUUCGCGCGGAAGCCGCCCCGCUUCGGGUCAUUCCACAAAUCGGACACCUUCAGGAGUAAUGUCUCUAGCUGUGGUCGAACUUGGACGCGUUAAAGUCUUCGGUGAUAUUUAAGCGUAUCUCGAAGGAUUUUUUGAAAUACUAAAAUCCUUCGAGAUACGUUUAAACGUAACGAAAGACUGGAGUAUAGUCGGUCCCAUAGUAUUCGUGCCAUGUAUUGAAGAAAGGAUCUAGCAUAACGAUCUAGCAUAACGGAUCUAGGAAUAACCGAUCAUCAUUCUUGAUUUUUUUGGUAGGUCUCCCUUAGGUCAAAAGCAUUGUACGGCACAUAAUAGCAAUGAAAAUUGGAGUGGGGGCCGAUUGCCUAUCCUUAUUCUGCUAGACCCUUUGUCUAAUUUAAACGAUAUGCUUCGUGUUUCCAAAUCAAUUUUUCAUUAUAAAUAUGUACAUGAAUAAUCUUUGCACGUGUACAUAUUUACAAUUACAAAUUUAUUUGGAAACAUGAAUUUUUCAAUAAGUACAAAGGGUGCGAAUACUUAUGGAAUCGACUGUAUAUUCAAAGAAGGAUGUUGAAAAAUGGUAUUUUGGGGUAGUUUUGACUUAAUGUUCGAUAAGGUCCUUCGUUAGAUCGCGAGAAACUAUAAAUGAAUAAUUAUCUGUCGUUAACACGAUGGGGGAAGUUCUUAAACAGAUAGAUGGAGCAGAAAGUGUACAUAGUGAAAAAUUGGAAAUUGUUCAUUUGAAAUGAUCGAGCUAUCGAAACAAGUUCACGAAACGCAAACACUGAGACACUAUUUUACAGAUAAAAGACUAUAUUUAUAUUACAUGAACGAGUAUUAACGCUUAUGAAAAAAUAUGAUUGCAAUUGCAUUAUUACUUAGAAGUAAUUUCAUAGAAUAUGUGCACUUUCUACUUCAUCUUUUUUAUUAUAUUUCCCAUCGUAUUGCCGAUAUAUAAAUGGGUCAUUCGCUGCACAAAUCGAUUAACUCCAUAAAACGAAAAGUUGAGAAAUGCGAUGAAAUAAUGUACAUUGUCUUUUAAAAUUCUCUUUAUAAUAUAAAUUCAAAUAAACAUCGUAGAAUACAUAAAUACAGAUGCAGCUUUCAUCUAACGGUAUAUAAAAUGAAUAAGAAAAAAUAGCCAGAAAAUAAUCGUCAGCAAUGUUACAAUUUUUAUAUGUUAUUUUUAUGGUGGAGUUAAUCGAUUUGUUCAGUGAACGACUCAAUUGCGAGUUACCCCAAGAUUGACCAAUUUUUAGCAUCCAUCUUUCAGCAAAAUCGGUGUCCAAUUUGACGCGUAACGACCCCUCUGCUUUGCCCCGCAUGAUCGAUCGUGCUGGUAGAAUCUGGAUGUCGGGAUCUUUGCGAUCCCGAGGACCGCAAAUCCGCUCGUUGAGACAGCUGGACCACGCUGUAGCUUGCAGCGAGUCCGGUUUACGCGGGGCGUUUCGAGCUUUGUCACGCUUUCCGUUCUUUGAGCUUUCCACCGCGUCGCUCGAAGGAAGCCGAGGAUAGAAGCCCGCCGGCGGUAGUCGCGAGUCAAAAGCAGAGCCCCUCUUCUCCUGGGAUCAUCGUGAAACGGCGCAUGGUUGACGCGAUACUUAUUUUUGUUAACUUGAAGUAGAAACUUGGCCGUGUCACGAUGCGUCCCGAUCAAAGUAAUCUCGAUCACUCGUCGGCCGACCCGACCGUGCGAGCGAUCGAUACCCAGCUCCGUAUUAUGCGACGAGCUCUUCGUAAUCGCCAUCCAGAGGAUUUUUGUACUUCCGGCUUUGCUCAAGGGUGUAUUCCACGUUGAAUAUGAACGGUGUAGGUGUAAGGUGUGAUCGAACGAUCGCAAGUUGGUAUUCGGCGAUUGGCAGAACGCGAGUGUCACGAAGCUACUCUCCCAUCCAAACGACCCGAUCGAAUUUUUAGACUGCAGACUGAUCCGGGUCCUUGAUUGUUUUUAACCCUUUGCACUCGAGGACAUUUUUCUGUUAUCUACCAGCAACUCAAGAUACUUCCUUAGCAUUCCAUUGCCACAAAUCCUAAGCUUUGAUUGACUUUGAAAAUGAGAUUUCUAAUUUGAGAUUUGAGAAUCAGGUCAUCUUCUCCUCACCGACAAUCGUUUUAUCGAAACUUCGAGUUCCAAAGAAAUUAAACUUAAACAAACAUUAUCGCUGGUUUAUUUGCUACGUCAAACCUAUUGGUGACCCAGAGUCAUCUCUCGAGUGCAAAGAAUUAAUAGAAUCGCUCUGACAGGUGUUGUGCAAUUUUGAUUCCUUUCCAACUGGAGGUGGCGACUUCGGUCACUUUCCUUUACCUAUUUCUUCCACCAAGACUCGAUUCUGCGAUUUUGUUUGUAAUCGCUUUGAAAUUACGUCGUUCGGGUGGCGGGAACGGCCUAAACGUUGCGUUUAAUCGUACCUCGACGUCCACGCGCGUUCCUGUGAUCGCUUCAGGGCAACGGCAUCCCCUAUGUAGUUGAAACGAAUAAACGCUUCUCUCUCUCCCUCGCUCAACGUCUGCUUUCCGCCAUUCUCUGCUGUCUCCGCCUGGCUAUGUAUGCGUCCAUCCAUCCAUUCAUCCCCCUCAGCACAGUCCGUUCGCCCGUCUAUUUAUCGAACAAAGUUCUCGCCGCGGUUGUUGAUCGCGACGCUGCCGCGAUCGUCGCGUCGGCAGCGGACCCCGCGCCAGGUGAAAAGGAGUCCGAUCGAUUCCGAUCGGAUUCUACGUGCCAUUUAGUCGAGUGCUAUUACGUGUUACAGGGUUUAAUGGUUUUUCGCGAUUCGACGGGGGGAUAGGACGAGCGGGCUGUUUUUCGUUUAAUCGUUUUUUCGUCUUCCGUUUGCGCGCCACGUCGUGCGUCGAAUUCCGAUUGUGAAAACGCCCCCGCGUUUUUCGCCGGGAAACUUUAUAAUUUCCUAGAACGAAACUAGCCGCGCUCGUUCCCGCCCGGGUCGCGAAUACCGUGUAGAGUGUCGCUAUAUGGAUACAGCGUACAAAUGUUCGUCUCAAAGCUGAUAGGUAAAGUUUCGUGGAAACUCAGUCGAUGUCGUAGAUCGUUAGUUUAGCCGUAGGGAUAAAACGCUUCGUCUGGCAGACUCUAGUCGAUAGAUUUAGAUCGCUCGUAGACCCGAUCGUAGGUUUUUCCACUUUUCGGGGGACCCGAGCAUUUUCGUGCACUAGCAACUGCACUCGAGAAAAAAUUAUCUUAGCCUCCUGCGCUAUACAGAAAU